AUGUUUGCUGAAACACAGCUAUUAUUAGACUCCGGUUCACAAGUAAAUCUUGUAACGGAAAGACUCAUCAAAAAACUAGGAGAAAAUCCAAUGAACUUAUCCGCAUGCAUCGAAGGUAUUGGACAAAGGAAACAAAAUGCUCAAAGGCGAGUAAAUUUGGGUUUUAGUUACAAAAUCAAUGAAUAUGCCGCAAGAGUGGAAGCGUACGUGUUACCAAGUAUCGUGUCUGAUCAACCAAGCAUGCAGCUCGACAUUUCAAAUUGGGACAUACCGAGCAAUAUUAAGUUGGCUGAUCCUUGCUUUCACCAAAAGGGUAAUAUUGAUCUCUUACUGGGGGCAGAAUUUUCACAUGAACUGCUGUCGAUCGGACAGAUUAAAAUUGGCAAUAAUCUUCCAAUAUUGCAAAAUACGUUACUGGGCUGGAUUGUGAUAGGAAAAAUAACUGACAACAAUUUAGGUGUGCAGAUGCAAACAUGCGGCAUUUGCUCGGACGAUGAAGAACAAAUAGAAAAGCAAGAAGAGUUGUGCGAAUCGCAUUUUAUAAACAAUGUACAAAAAACCAACCAUGGUCGAUUUAUUGUGAGAUUACCGUUUCAACAAAAUCCAUCAAUUCUCGGAGAUUCUCAAAACACAGCGAUAAACCGAUUUUAUGCCCUAGAAAGAAGAUUAAGCAAAGAUGAAGCAGUCUGGAAGCAGUAUGUAGAAUUUAUGGAUGAGUACGAAAAGUUGGCCCACAUGAGCAAAAUUCAUAUCGAGGACAUCACAUCACAUUAUUUGAUCCCACAUCAUUGUGUAAUUCGACCUACCAGUAGUUCAACAAAAUUGAGAGUAGUGUUUGAUGCAUCGUGCAAGACCAGCAACGGGUUAUCAUUAAAUGACAUAUUGUUAACAGGCCCAAAAAUUCAGAGUGACUUGUUUUCCAUUUUACUCCGUUUCAGAUGCCCCAGAUUUGCAUUUUGCACAGAUAUUGAAAAGAUGUAUAGACAAAUCCUUAUACAUCCAAAUGAUAGAAAAUACCAAAUCAUUGCGUGGAGAAGAUCGCCUAACGACCCAUUGCAGUUUUACCAAUUAAAUACAGUAACUUAUAGCACAAGGUCAGCGCCAUAUCUGGCUACGAAGUGUUUGCAGCAACUAGCAAAAGACAAAUCAACUAAAUACCCGCUUGGAGCCUUAGCAAUUAUAAAUGAUUUUUAUGUGGACGAUUGUCUUAGUGGAUCAGAUAGUCUUGACACAGCUUUAGAAAUACAACGUCAACUUCACGAUUUAUUGGAAUCAGCUGGUUUUAAAUUGCGAAAAUGGUGUGCUAAUAAUCCUUUGCUGCUUCAAGACAUAGCAAAAGAGGACCAAGAGGUCGAUUUAGAUUUCAGCAAUGAAGACCAAGCAUCAGUUAAAACAUUAGGAUUAUCGUGGCAACCAAAGCGUGACAAAUUCAGCAUAAGGAUCGAUUUAACCCCAUCUAAGCGAAUAACAAAAAGAUCGAUAACUUCUAGUUUAGCAAAAACAUUCGAUCCCCUGGGUAUUUUGGGUCCAGUGUUAGUAACAGCAAAAAUACUAAUUCAAGAUCUGUGGCAACUCAACUUAUCAUGGGACGAAGCUGUGCCGAGUGAAGUACAUACCAGAUGGAUUAAUGUCUGUGACGAGUUAAGGUCAUGGCACCAUUUUCAGAUAGAUAGGCAUAUUUUUGGACAGCAGAUUGCUUCAUCGGUGCAACUCCAUGCAUUUUGUGACGCUUCCGAAAAGGCUUAUGGAGCAGCUAUAUACAUUCGAGCAACACUGAAAGAUGGACGCUUGAUCAAUCGACUGCUAUGCUCUAAAUCUCGGGUCGCCCCAAUCAAAAAGCAAACCAUUCCACGCUUAGAAUUGUGCGCUGCUCUUCUAGGAGCCACAUUAAUGAAUAGGGUAAAGGGCGAUUUAAAUCAUAAGACAGAAUCAUAUUACUGGACUGAUUCUGAAAUUGUACUCUACUGGAUUAAUUCAUUGCCAGCAAAACAUCAACAAUUUGUAGCAAACAGGACUGCGGCAAUUCAAGACUUAUCCGCACCAAGUCAGUGGCGACAUGUAAGUUCAAGACUAAACCCAGCAGAUGCCUUAUCACGCGGCAUCAAACCAUCUCAAUUGCAAACUCAUAAUUUAUGGUUCUAUGGUCCUAUGUUUCUACAUGGUCGUGAAGAUAUGUGGCCAGAAGAAUUUAAUAAAGCCCUAUGCAAUCAGCCAGACAACGCCGAGUUAAAAAAAAACUUCGCAGAAAGUGAUGCUAACAGCAACCGAAGAUGA